UCUAUAUUUAACCUGCAGACUCUCACUCACACAUACUCGACAUAAACGAGGCUGACAGACGACGAGCAGGAUGGAGGAGGAGGCUCCAUCCCGGCGCUCUGUGGCUGAACUUGCAGGAAAAUUCAAACGCUCAGCUCCUCCACCUGAUGCUGCUGGACAUGAAAGCGAGAAGCCGGUCAGACGCCGACCUCCUCGCUCAUUAAAUCUCCCCAAACCACAAGGAGACGACCAGGAGCAGCCUCCAGGCGUCACCUCUCCUAUAAAACCAAAGAGAAACUCUGCUCUGAUCGAGAAGCUUCAGGCCAACCUCGCUCUCUCCCCCUCGGCCCUGCUGACCUCUCCAAAGAGCCCCGGCUUCAGGCUGCUGCCUCCCGCCUUCCCCCUACCCUCUGCUGGCUCCACUCAGGUUUCCACAGUAACCACCUCGUCCACGCCGACCCCCACCAGCCCUGUUGUCGCCUCUCCGUUAACUGAAGAUGAAGGCCCUGCCUCCUUUGAAACCCCGCCCACCGUGGCGGAGGGGUCCAUCCUCUCGAACGACAGCAUCAAGGGCAGAGCUCGCCACUCCAUUCGGCGACGUCCUCCAUCUCGCCGCCACAGGAAGUCAAGCAGCGGAGACGAGGUCGGUGUCGCCAACGAACGAGGAGAAGACAAAACAGCAGGAGAAGGAGGAGGAGAGGCUCAAACAGACGUGGUGAAGGAGGACAAAACAGAUACUUCAACAUGUCCUGAGAAAAACACAUCCCAGGAAGAAGAGAUCAGCAUCGAGCCCAAAGAGAAGGAGAAGAAGAAGAAAGAGGAAGACAACAGCUCCACGGGAGGAGAAAAGGGAGACGGAUCUUCAUCAGGGAGAAAGGAGGAAGAGGAGAAGAAGAAGAAGAUAGAGGGAGAGAACAGCGCCACAGGAGAAGUGGAAGGAGACGCAUCUUCAUCAAUGAGAAAGGAGGAAACAGAGAAGAAGAAGAAGGAGGAAGAAGAGAAGGGUUCCACUGGAGGAGAGAAGGGAGACGGAUCUUCAUCAGAGAGAAAGAAUGAAGACGAGAAGAAGAUGGAGGGAGAGAACAGCUCCACGGGAGGAGAGAAGGAAGACGAAUCUUCAUCAGAAAGAAAGGAGGAAAAAGAGAAGAAGACGGAGGAAGAGAAGGGUUCCACUGGAGGAGAGAAGGGAGACGGAUCAUCAUCAGAGAGAAAGGAGGAAGUGGAGAAGGAGGAGAAAAACUCUGAGGAAAAACAGGAAGAUUUGACUGAAGGAGCAACAAAAACAGACGGCAAGGAAGAAGAAAAGAUCAAGGUGAUUCCUGCAUGA